UUCUUAUUUCUCCCUCUCUUCCCCCCACCACCCCACUCUAUCCUCAAGGGUCUAUAAAUUGGUUGAGGCCAAGCCACAUUAAGUUCACUCAACAAUCUUGUCUUCACCUUAAUUGUGUUGUUAAGAAAAACAUGGCAUCAUCCUCCAAGUCUUUUAUUCUUCUUGACUUUAUGUUUGCUCUUGUGAUCCUCAUCUCCUCUGAGGUCUCAGCUCGUGAGCUAGCGGAAAUUACGAAGCCAGCAAUUCCCAUUAGGGGUAAUACCUAUCCCUUUAAAGGCCGACUAAGUACAACAACUCCCAGAUGCCAUCCGUAUACUAGACCAUGUCACAUGACCCCGCCCCCGCCCACCACGCCCAUGCCCCCGUCUCUGGGAGAGUAUAGCCACGGCCAAGGGCAUCAUGAAAAACCCGGACUUGGUGUUGCUGAGACUGAAACUGGGAAUUAAAUAGAUAACCCUUUUUUAGUGGAUAUUGCAGGUACUAUAAAACUCUCAAUUAAUUAUGUGGUAAUAAGAGGUUGUUUUGUCAAUAAAGGUUAAUGUAAUGUAUUGGUUGAGUUGUUAAUAAAACUCUCAAUCAUAAUUAAUUAGGAUUUUAAGGUUUAUCUUUGUACUAGUACUCAUAUCA